AUGAACGACCACGCCUGCGACCUGCUCAAAGCCGCUGGAAAACUCGACCAAGUGUCACCCCCCGAGGGUUCAGAAUCAUCGGUUACAUGUCCUGGCCAGAGCAGCAGUGGAGCUGCUACUACUGGCACUGGCACUAGCACUGGCACAGGCAAUGGCACCACCACAGACACAGCAAGCGCCAGCUCAAGCAGUGGCGCCGGUGACGCUGGUACUGUAGGUGGGGACAAACUCGCACAGUCUACGACGCCCUUGAACGGAACAGCAUCAAUGGCACAAGAGAAAUUGAGCGUGCAACCUCCCAAGAAGACGCUGAAGAUCGAAUGCACGCUGCCGGAUGGGGAUCUGACGGCUUCGGAGUCUGUGCAGUGCACGAUUGAUUCGGGGGCUUCAUCGGGGGAAUGUGGCGGUGCCGGCGCGGCAGUGAGAGAGAAUGUUGCUCUUGAGAUGCAUGCCCUGGAGGUAGAACAACUUACUUUUAUUGGGGAGGCAUGA